AGGAAAGUGAAACUGAAGGUUCAACAAGAUACCAAGUCAGUCAGUCAGUCAGUCCGGCAGAGCGAAGAGCAGAACGGGAGCCAUGUCGGCUGCUUUUUCCUCAGAAGAUUUGACUUGUGCUAUCUGCCUGACCAUCUUCACUGAUCCGGUGAAUCUUCCCUGCGGACACUCUUUCUGCAGAGAAUGCAUCACACAUGUUCUGAGUUCACAGACCCAGUGUCCUCAGCAAGGGAUCUGCAGCUGUGUGUCUGUCUCUGCGUCCCCCUUCGCUCAGAGACGCCUUUGCUCUGUUUGGGACUGUCCCACCGAGGCGGCUGGGAGCCGCACUUUAACGGAGCUGCUGAAGUGCAGUCCCACACGCAGCCCAACGCAGGCUGAAUGCACAGCAGAGAAGCCAAUAGGGCAGGUGGCUGAAUUGUGCCCUGAGCAUGAAGAAAAGCUGAAACUGUUCUGUGUCACAGAUCAGCAGUUAGCUUGUAUCAUAUGCCGAGAUGGGGAGAGGCAUGAAGGACACAAGUUUAAACCAAUCAGAGAAGCAGCUGUAUCUCUGAGACAGGAGCUGGAGAAGGGUAUGGAGAACCUUAGCGAUGAUAUCCUUGCUACAGAGAGCCUAGCCAACACACAGAGGGAAGUAAUGACAAAAACCAAAGAGAAGUCUGAGCAGCUGAAGACCCACAUUCACAGACAGUUUGAGGAGAUGCACCAGUUUCUGAGGAAGAGAGAAGAUGAGAUAAAGAACGAGCUGAAACACAAAGAGGAAGAUGCUGUUGAGAAAAUGAGCGAGAGCUUAAAUGCGAUAGAAACAGCUUUGUCUGAGAGCAGAGAGCUGCAGGGAAAGGUGACAUCAAAUUUAUAUACACUUGGGUUGUUUAAUCUAAAACAAAUCAUCAUAUUUUAUAAACUGGUCAUAGGGUUUGUGUGUAAAAACUUAAUUAGCAAAGUAACUAGUAAUUACAUCUGUCAAAUAAAUGCAGUUCAGUAAAAAGUUCAGUAUAUC